UCACAACAGAGACACAGAGCACCGAGACUCACUGAACCGCACGGGAGAGCACAGCACACACACACACACACACACACACACACACACAGCACAGCGAGGACCACAGUGUCUCACGGGACCGCGCAGGUGUGUGGACGGGAACGUGGCGGAACGCACUACGACCCUAAGGGACCCCGGAGAGGAGCGCACGUACAUGGCAGAGAUCUACUGCGGAGGAGAGCUGCACCACUUCGUCGACUGCUAUGACGCGCACCGCAGCAACUGGAUGCGCUACGUCAGCCCGGCCCGGUCCCCGUCGGACCAGAACCUGGUGGCGUGCCAGAACGGCAACGACGUCUUCUUCUACACGCUGCGGCCCGUGGAGCCGCAGCAGGAGCUGCUGGUGUGGUACAGCGAGGAAUACUGUGAGAGGAUGCACAGGUCUCCCGGCAACGGCCCACAGCAGCAGCACGUGCCCAAACAUGUGAGCUCAGACUCUGCAGAGCCCAGCCACAGACAGUACCUACCUCACCAGGCCUGGCACCUGGACCAAGACCAAAGGAGCAAGGAGAAGGGGCGGAGGAAGGAGAAAGUGAUGGAGAAGGAGGAGGAGGAGGAGACGAUAGAUGUGGAGGUUCUAGAGAGGGAUACUCCGCCUGACACCCCCGAUGAUCAAAUAAUGGACUUUAGCACUAGGCUACACAAAGACCCCCGCUCCACCCCAUCGCCCAGCUUGGACUCCAGAGAGCUUACUCCCCAGAAAGACCUCUACAGUCGCCCAGGGGGGCUCCCAGAUACCCCCUCGCCCAACAGGGACAUUCCCCUACACCUUCAGGGCCUGUAUGGCCAUGGGGAAGGCAUGCUGUCCUACCCCCUUUGCCCCCCCUCCGGACCUCUGCACCCCUCAUACCAGUUCCUCCCCGCCUACAGCCACCACUACCAUCGCCUGUUCUUGCCCCAGUAUUCCCCACCUUUCCAGGGUAUGCUGCCCCCUAGAGCCCCCCCAGGAUACAGCAGCUACCCGAGCAGAGAGAGUUUGCCCUUCCCUAUGGCAGCCCAGCCAGGCUUACUCCCCGCGUCCCUGCCAUACACAGCCCUGUCCCAGGGAGGGCUGAAGGAGAGGCCCCAAAACACCUCCCCACCCCAGGGGGCCCCCGCCACCCCCGAACUCUCCCCUCAGCAAUCCCCUCAACAGUCUCCCCUCCAGGCCACCUUCGAGUGCGAGGAAGCCAUCAACCUCAGCCUGGCCACACCAAAGAAGAGCCCCACACCGCCGCCUGUCCCAGGGCACAAGGCCCUGCCCUACCCCCUGAAGAAACAGAAUGGCAAGAUCAAGUACGAGUGCAACAUCUGUCUUAAAACCUUCGGACAGCUGUCCAACCUCAAGGUACACCUGCGAGUUCACAGUGGAGAGAGACCCUUCCAGUGUGACCUCUGUAAGAAGAGCUUCACCCAGCUGGCCCACCUCCAGAAGCAUCACCUGGUCCACACAGGAGAGAAACCGCACGAGUGCCAGGUGUGUCAUAAGCGUUUCAGCAGCACCAGUAACCUGAAGACUCACCUGCGGCUGCACUCAGGGGAGAGGCCGUAUGAGUGCAAGCAGUGCGGCACCCGGUUCACGCAGUACAUCCACCUGAAGCUGCACCGGCGCCUGCACAUGGAGCGCGAGCGGCCCUACGCCUGCCCGCAGUGCGCCGCCGCCUUCGCCCACCGCUUCUCGCUCAACCUCCACCAGCGCACCUGCUGCCCCGCCUCGCCCCCGCCGGCCGCCGCCGCCCCCGCCGACCUGCGGAGGGCCGCCGGCCUCGUCCAGCGCUUCGACGCCAGCGCCGAGGCCGACGGCCUGCCCGAGAGCGCCGGCCCCGCCCUGGUGGACAUGGUCAUGCAGCGCUGGGUGGAGGAGGGGGAAGAGGGGGAGGAAGGGGAGGGCAUGCCCCUGAAGAUGGAGGCUCAAGCCCCAAGCCAGCCCCCCGUCCAGCAGCAACGGGCCAGCGUGUUGCACCUGCACAACCGGCCGCUGGUCAAGACAGAGGAGCGGUAGGGCAGGAGGGGGGCAAGAGAGAGGGAGGUAGACCUGAAACUGCUCUCUGGGUUGCAAAGACUACAGAGGUCAGUCAACAAGAAAGCAAUUGCUAAAUGAGCUUUUUCACCCAUCUUUGUGAAAAAGAAG